GCAGACAUGGGACAGUUUUAAUGGAGACGAUAAAGAAAGGGAUCCACGAUGCAGACGCAGAGGCUCGAUCCGUGGCCAGAAAGUGCUACUGGAGUUACCAGGCUCACUUCCGGCGGGAGGCGGAUCAGCUGUUCCAGAGUCUAGAGGCGUCCUAUCAGAAAGCUCUGCAGGCGCACCAGAGGGGGGGGGAGAACAGCGUGACAUCCCUUCCUGCCAGCGACCGAUCCUCCUCCUCCUCCCAGGAGAGCCUCAGUCGACCCCCGCCUGUAAAAAACACGUUUGGAAGCGGCUCAACAAGAACCAAAGCCUCCCACGGUCGCCCCCCAGUACCUGCCCCUCCCCCCUCCCUCCAGCGCUCUCGCAGUGAUGUGGAUGUGAACGCCGCCUCGUCCUCCGCCCGCAGGAUGCCCGCCGUGCCGGCAGCCUUUAGCUCCGCCUCCACCCUCCCCCCCGGAUCCUACGCAUCCCUGGACGACUGCUCGUCUGUGAGUGCAGACGGUCGCGUUCGGACCCAGAGAACGACCUCAGGGAACGGUUCUUCUGUGACGGACAGCCGGGGGCGGAGCCGCGGGAAAAUCUCAUCCCAGUCUCAGCGUGAGCAGAUCUCCAUGUUUCCUUAUCUUAUCUAA